ACCCCCCACAGUCCCUUCUCCUGUGUUUGAUUCGGCCAGCGCGCGUGCACGCACCGCUGAGCAGUAGGAACUACACGUACGCUCCGUCUGUAUCAUUUAAUCUCGUUCAAAUGUGCAGCUUUAUUCCACUGAAGGAAACGAGGCUUAAUUGAGAAUAUUUUUUCACGGCAGACUGGAUAACUGACGCUGUGCCGCUCACCAGCUGCUCUCCCAGGCCGGGAUUUCUCUACCCAGUACAAGGGGGGGGUGGAGAGGGAGACUGAAAUGGCCGAGGGGAGCAGGACAACAUUACAAGGAAGUUGCACUGGACUUCUACAGGCUCUCAUGCUUUUCUUGUUCUUCUGGACGUGGAUAGGAUUUAACAAUUUGAAUCUGUUUCAGCAAAUUGUUAGAUAAUUGAAGGUCCUUAUGAAGACCCAACUCUAUUGGAAAAUUUUGGAGUCUUAGGCCACAAUAUGUUGAAUGCCAUUCUUCCUUCUUGAAGUGAUUACGGUACUGCUAUAUUGGAUGCAGUUGAAAAAGCAGAAAAAGAAGAAAUAUGCGUUCUCUUGCUCCACUGGAUUAACCUAAUUGUACAGCGAUGAAAGAGUGAAUAAGAUUGAAAAGCUGAGACAAAUACAAGUGAAUAUAAGAGAAAAAAGUUGGUGUUUGUGCCAUCAUUUCCUGGGUGGCCUAGUUGGUCAAGAUGACCAGUCUGUUUCGGCGGAGCAGCAAUGGCGGCUCACGUGGAGGAGGAGGUGGAGGAGGAGGGGAAGCAGGUGGAGGAGGUGGAGGAUCGGCCCCAGGAGAACUGAACAACAGUAGGCCUAACCGACAGGUGCGGCGGCUGGAGUUCAACCAGGCCAUGGAAGACUUUAUGACCAUGUUUCCUAGCAUGGAGUAUGAGGUGAUCGAGUGUGUACUGCGCUCCAACAAUGGGGCUGUGGAUGCUACCAUUGACCAGCUUCUGCAGAUGAGCAUUGGUGACGAUGGAUCAGAUGACAGCUCAGACUCUGAUGACAGCAUCCCACCUGAGAUUCUGGAGAGGACCCUCGAACCAGACAGCUCAGAUGAAGAGCCACCACCAGUCUAUUCUCCACCCACAUAUGACAUGCACAUAUAUGACAGGAAAUACCCCAAUGCCCCGCCCACUCCUCCCCCAAGGUUUGAAGUGCAGCCUUCAGUGGGACAGCAGCAUACGCCGAGUUACAGGAAUUGGAACCCCCCAUUACUUGGCAACCUUCCCGAUGACUUCCUUCGAAUCUUGCCCCAGCAGUCAGACAGUAUACAGAGCUCUCAAAGCAGCACACGUGAGCCAUCAUCGUCCCUGGCAUCACUGCCUCAGCAGGUUGCCUGUGUUGCUGGAGCAUCUGGAGCCUCUGAGCAGGAACGCAAGCUUAAACAGUACCUGGAAGAUGAGCGCAUCGCUCUCUUCCUCCAGAACGAGGAGUUCAUGAAGGAGCUGCAGCGCAAUCGCGAGUUUCUUGUCGCACUGGAACGAGAUCGCCUGAAGUAUGAAUCAAAGAAAUCUAGGUCAGCUGGUAACUCUACAGGUAACCACUACACUCCUGGAUCAUUUGAGGCAUGCACGGUAGUGUCAGAUGACGCUCUGUUCAGAGACAAACUGAAGCACAUGGGAAAAUCAACCAGGAAGAAACUGUUUGAGAUCGCCAGAGGGUUUUCAGAAAAGACGAAACGAAGAAAGGCCAAAAGAAGGACCCUCCUGAGACAUCAUUCAUUGGGCACUGCCAACUCCACUGCAAAUCUACUGGAUGAUGUGGAAGGAAACCCCUGUGAGGAGGAGAGUCAGCUCAGAAGAUCGGCCAUGCAGGAAGAGGAGCGGCCCCACAGGGAAGCACUUUCAUGAUCCCUCCUGUCACCUGGAAUAUUUCAAGUAUCCGUGGUAAAAGCAGAGUAACCCGUGACCGCUUGUAGCUCUGUGGUUCCACGAAGAUGGUGCGAGCGAGUCAUCCCCGGCUCCUCCCACACAGUCACCACCUACACAGGUUUCCCUAGUCACAGGAAGGGACUAGAAUUCUAAAGCAGCAUUGUAACAUAUAUCUGCAAUAUAUUAACUGUAUAGUAAUACUUUAAUAUAUGAUUUUAUAUGUAAAACUGAACAAAUACAUUAUUAAAUUUUUGUUUUUCCCUCUGUAUAAUGGUUAAAAAAAAAAAAAAAAAACCCUCUCACUUUGUCUUAGCUACUUUAGAUGUAUUCUUCCGUCAAUUAUUUAUGGUAUAAGAGGAAUUUGGCUUGUUGCAGAUAAUUUUUAUAUCUUUGCAAAAUAUUUAUAUUUCUUCAAACAUACAAUUUGACCAACCUGAUGGUCAUGUAACAUUGGAAACUUUUCUACGAUGUCCAGGAAUCCAAACCUUUAAUUAUAAAAAAGGUUGCCACAUUUGCUCAUGUAAUCCAUUUGUAGUAACACCAAAACGCCUUUUUAAAAUCUGUAUUCCCAUUCUGCCUGACUGCAAUAUACCAAGGCAUAAAGGUUCACACUAAAUGUUUGAUGAUGAUACGCCUCUAUCAUGUGCAGAACUAACUGCCAAUUCAACCUGUGUAAGUACCCUUUAGUCCAGUAGGCUUAGUCCUGAUUCUCUACUUGUCCAGAACCGAAGAAUUCUGUUGCAGUGUCAAAUGAUGCUGUUACAGUGCUUAAAUAAUUCUUAAAUAUAAUGCCAUAGUUUUUCACUUGAACAUGGGAAAGGGCAGCAAUCUGUGAAUGGACGUCUACCUGCACUGCCACUUGCAUUUUAUAAUCCUGUUAAGAUUCUUUUGUAGUAUUUCCUACAGGAAAGCUAUCUUUAAAAAAGCCAGUAUUAGUAUGAUUAAUACAUACAUACAUACAUACAUACAUUUUUUUUCAAAUUUUUUUUUUUUUUAUAGCCAGUAAUGCUUUUUUUAAAAAUAUUUUUAUUUAUUUUAUUUUUAUUGUAUUUUUUUUUUUAUAUAAAGACCGUUGUGUUUAGGAUCACCUGACUAUUAUGUUGAGGAGUUAAGUGAACAGAACUUGUUGAAAGAUACCAUCAUGUUAGUUUAAUGUGUUGUUGCUUUUUGAAUAGAUGAUUUUAAUUCUGUUUUAAGCAGUGUGAUUUUAUUGCAAGGGAAGAGCUUCUACACCUUCUACACUAUUUUAGUUGAUUUUAGCAUUGGGUUUCUGUCAGUAGAAUCAUAGGAAUACAAGAAAUUGUAUUUUUGUGCUAUUAUGCAAUGGAUUCUUAGUAAAUGUAACAAAGUAUCUCUUGGGUUUUUGAGCAGAGAACACUUUUCUAAACAAUGUCUGGACCUUUAUUCUAUUAUUACUGAUUCAAGAUAGCAGGUUUCUCCUUUUUUUUUUGGUAACGCUUCACAGUUUUGCGUGUCAGGUUUCUCCAUCUCCAGCCAUAGUAGGCACUGCACAGUCCAGCGUUUUUAUGGUCUUUACUUUCUCAAGUAUUCAUUUAUGAGAUACAGAACACAAACAACAUAUGAACAGAAAUAUGAUAUGAUACUUAACAUGUUAGAAUAUCCAGUCCAGGACCUCUUAUUUGAAAUAGGAGUGGGACUCUAUGAAAAAUUAACUUUGUCAUCUUUCAAGUUUCUUUUUUCUUUUUGUUUUAUACACAUUUUCAUUAAAUGUGUCAAUUUAAGAGUAUUACAUUACAUAAAUGUAUUCUUUUAUUUGUUUGGUCAGAAACACUUUCUUUAAAAAGUCAUUUAAAUGAUUGCUCUUAGCCUUCAUGACUUUAUUACUAUUAAAAUUGUUUUCUCUUAUUUUUCACCUCAGAGGUUAGUCUUUUAUAAGCAGGUUACCCUGUUUUAAAACUCUUGUAGCAUUAUACAUGAAUGUUACUCCACACUGUGUGACCAUAAAUUCAGUUUGUUUCCUAUAUGAUCUGUUCAACUAACACAUUUAAUCGCUCAGGGAACUUGCUCUCAUUUAACCAUUUUGGUACAAGCACAGCUUGAAUGGACAUAAAACGAAAAGUAACAGCAGCAGUUUGACAGCUUAAUGUAGCACGGUCACAUGCUUCAUAACGCAAUAAAAACUGUUAAUCUAACCAAACGAUUUUUUUUAAUAUAAUGAAAGUAUUUAAGGAUUGUCCUCCAAGAUGUUAUUUUUCUUUUCCUUUUGGUAUGUUCUUGAUUUCAUGCCUAAAUUCUCUCCAGAAUUACCUUUGGUCUUCAUAAAGGGUAACGUUAGGUUGAAUUUACUUUACAGGAUGGUGAAAGUUGUGCAGUAAUGAGUGGUGUAUUGAUCAAUACAGUGUACGCUUUGAGUGUUUAAUUUUGAUCGGAUUAGAUGGAAUAUUUUCUUAAUGUUGAACUAGGUUAGUAAAUUGAAUUUGUAAUGUAAAAUUAUCAUUAUUAUUAUUAUUAUUAUGGGAGAUAAUUACCUUUAUUUCUAGGACUAUGACUGUAUUUGCCCCACUAAUAAGUGUAACGGUUCUGUAACCCAUCAUACUAUCCAGAUCUAAAGUUUUCUUACAAUCCUGUUACGUUUAUUAGUUAUUUAAAAGGAAUAAAACUGUUAUGUUGUU